AUGCAGCAGCCACUAUGGGAGACUAUCGACGCCCCACGGCCACCAUCGGAGGCAGUCACGGUGCUGUACGGCCGCGAGGACGGCAAGCUCAAGGGCGUCGAUGAGGCGCUCCUUCUCGAUCCGCCCGUCGCGCUGGUCGACCCGCACUUCCGGCUGCGUGAGCGCGAUCACGAACCGACGCUGCGCCACAUCCGCGCGGAGAAUGCGUACGCGGAUUCUGUCCUCGAGGCGAUGCCCGGUUUUUCUACAACGCGCGAGGGGAUCUUUGCGCGUCUGCGGGCCUCAAUGCCGCCGCCCUCGCCGCUGCUCUGGUGGCGCGGCGCCGACGCUGGCGGGUGGGAGUACUCGACACGGCCGUCGCCAGCAGGCCCGCACCCGCUCUAUCUGCGCCGCCGUGCCAACGCCGCCGCCGUUGAGCUGAUCCUUGACGCCAACGCGGCGCCCGCGCGCCUGCCGUCUGCUCACGACCCACGGAUGAGCUACCUCGGGUCUGUCAAGGGCGUCUCGGCCUUCGUGCCCUCGCCGAGCGGCCGUUACGCGGCGUACACUGUGGACGUGACGGGCGAGGAGCGGUUUGGGCUCAUGGUGGUCGAGCUCGCGCCGGUGCCCUUCUUGGAAGGUGCUGGUGGUGAGUCGGAGCGGCCGUCUGAGAUGGUGGCGCACGUGGCGGACGUCGACGUGGACGUUGCGUGGGGAUCUGACGACAGCGAGCUCUACUACGCGAGCAUGGACGAGACCGGCCGUCCGUGGCGGCUGCACCGGCUACGCCUUCCGUCGGCGACACGCGCAGAUAGGAAGGAGGAGGUGUUGGAGGAGCGAGCGGCGUCGGUGGCGUCGGCGGCGGGUGGGUUUGGUGGUGGGUUUGGUGGCGGCAAACGGAAGGGCGGCAAGAGCGGCAAGGGCGGUAAGAUGGGUAAGAGCAGAAAGGCCGGAAAGGCAUCUUCCGCCGCCUCCUCCGACGCCGCCUCCGCCGCCGCCACCGCCACUUCCUCUACCGUCUUCGAGGAACGCGACGCUCGCUUCCGGUUGUCGUUUCGGCGGGCGGCCGAGGGCUCGCGGCUGCUGCUGCACCUAGCCUCGCGAGAUGCCAGCGAGGUCUGGGCGCUGCCAUUCAUGGCAGCUGCCGGCGACGAUCUCGCGCCUGAGACCGAGCGGCGGCGUUGGGCGAGCGGCGAGGCGAGCGGCGGAGCGUGGCAUUGCCUAGCUGCAAGAGAGGCGCGGCUGGUUUACACGGCGGAUUAUGGCGUCCGACCGCGAGUGCGCCGCAGCGGCGGCGGCGGCGCGGGCGGCGGUGCGGACGGCGCGGGGCAAUACGUCAUUGUUAGCAACGACGGUGGGGCGGCGGCUGAAGGCGCUGUGAGGACGCUGAGCGAGGCGGCGGCGGCGAGGGGGUUGGGACGAUCGGCAUGGGUGGCAGAAGGGGUGCUGGAGGAGGGCGACGGGGCGGCGGGCGGGCGGACGCUCGAGGGCGUUCAGUGCGUUGAUGGGGCGGUGGCUCUGGAGGGUCGGCGGGACGGCGCGAGCGCCGUCUUCGUCUGGCUCUGGGGGGGCAGAGGCGGGCAGGCUAGCGGCGAGGAGGAGGGCGGAGAGGAGCAAGAGGAGGCGGUCGUAGUGGUCGAUGGAGGGCUCUUAGCGGCGGCCAUCGGCGGUGGCGCCGGCGGCGAUGGCGGCGACGGCGGCGGCGGCGGCGGCGGCGCUGGCGGCGGCGGCGGCGGUGUUGGCAGCUUGCUGGCGUCGUCGUGUCAGAGCUCCGUGCGCCUAUGCUCACCCGACGAGCAGCAGUACGCCUCGGGCGCCCUUCGCAUCGAGUACUCGACACCGCUCAUGCCGCCGCGCGUGGUGCGAUGCGACCCCAGGGCGGUCGGGGCCGCGGCGGGCGGCAGCGCAGUCAGCGGAGGAGGUCUGACGGAGCUGUGGGCACAGCCGCCGCCUCGAGGUUUCGACCCGUCUCGCUACGAGGUCGGCCGCGUAUGGGCGACGGCUGAGGAUGGCGCCCGCGUUCCCAUCUCCGUGCUUCGACUCAAGGCAGCUACCACCGAGCUUGCCGCCGCCACCGCUGCCACUGCCGCCACCGCCGCCGCCACCGCCUCAACCGCCGCCGCCGCCGCCGCCGCCGCCGCCGCCGCCACCGCCGCCGCCGCCGCCGCCGCCGUCGCUUCGCCGAACGACGAGCCCUGGCCACCGCCGCUGCCCGCGCUCUUGUACGGCUAUGGCGCGUACGGCGCGUGCACGGAGGCAGGAUGGGACGCAGAGCGAUUGGCGGUGGUCGACAGCGGGCUGCUGCACGCGAUAUGUCACGUGCGCGGCGGCGGCGAGAUGGGGCGUGCGUGGCACGAGGCGGGGCGGCGCGAGCGCAAGCCCACGACGUUCACCGACGUGGUCGCGUGCGCGCGCACGCUGGUCGCUUCGGGCCUCGUCCGUGCGGAUUCGCUGGCGCUCGAGGGGCGGUCGGCGGGAGGGCUGCUGGUGGGGGCGACCCUCAAUCGCGCUCCGGAGCUCUUUGCAUGCGCGCUCGCGUCGGUUCCGUUCCUCGAUGCCGCGGGCACGCUGCAGGACGGCGCGCUCCCGCUCACGGCUAACGAGUGGGAGGAGUUUGGUAACCCCAACGAGGUAGGCGGCCACGCGGCCGUCCUCGGAUUCUCGCCCGUGCACAACGUCGUGCCGCGCGCGCGCUACCCUGCAUGCUUGUUGCUGCCGGCCCUCAACGACGCGCGCACGGGAUUUUGGGAGGCCCACAAGUUUGCGAUUGCGAUCCGCUCCAACGGCGCUGGCGUCGAGGGCGGCGCGGCGGCGGAGAAGGAGGAGAAGGAGGAUGCGGCGGGGGCGGGCGUGGCAGCGCCGCGGCCCGUCCUGGUGAGCACGGACGAAUUCGGCGGGCACUUCCGGCCUGCGGACCCGGAGGAGCGGGCGAGGCAGCGCGCCAAGGAGCUCGCGUUCAUCGGAGAUAUGGCUGUCGACCCGGCUUCGCACUACUCCUCUCGGCUCGUCCUCCUCUCCUCUCCCGCCGGCCAGCGGCUGGCGGCCUCCCUCACUGUCACAGGCGGCUCGCGGCUCCGCACGCUCCUCUCUCUCUUCGAGGCGCAAGAGGAGCAGAGCUGGUGUGGCUACGCUGCCCUCCGGGUGGCACUUCGCGCGUGCGGCGCCGCGGCUGUGCUCAGCCAGAGCGAGCUGCACGGGCUACGCAGCACCUUGGCAGAACAGGAGGCGGAGGCUGUGCGCGGCGGCGCGAGCAGCCUCGCCGGUGGCGGGCUCUCCAUCGCUCAGCUGGCGCGCUUGGCACGGCCCUUGCUGGAGGCGAGCGCACUCAACCUGGAGCAGCAGCACGGCGACCCGGCGAGCCCGCCCGCCUUUGGCUCGCAGCUCGCAGCCGCCGUGUCUCACGCCUCCGACAGCGACAGCGGGUCGAUCGUCCUGCUCAACUUUCUCCGACAGCUGGACGGGUGGAGGGGCGGCCACUGGGUGGUUGCGGGCGGGCUCGCUCACGACGCGGAGGGCACGGCCUUCGUGUUGCUGCUCGACGUGGCCGCCCACCGCAUUGGGCCUCACUGGCUUCCGCUAGGCCUGCUGGCCGCUCUCUGCUCGACCGUCAACGUGCACGGCGUCCCACGCGGCUUUGUGAGGAUCUGCUCGCGUGGCAGCGGCGCGAGCGGGGAUGGCGCGGUGCCUCUUGUCCCGAAACAAGACAGUGCCUCUCACUGCUAACCCUUCUUGGCCGCAUGUGACCGGCGUACGGCUCUAAUCCGUAGAGAGAUAUGCAUCGUGGCAUUUCGUCCGCAAUGGCCUUCCGCAAAAUGGCAAAAAAGGACCUCGCGCUCGGUCUAGUUCCGCGGGCCGCUCUCUCUCUACUCUCUCUCUCUCCACUUUUUUAAGUCUUAUUCCAAAA